AUGACAUCACCUUAUGCAUCAACCACAUUUGAGAACCCUCUUUCGCUCAGGGUUGACGGAAAUUUCUUGUCAACCAUGUCAAUUUCUCCGAAUGGAAGGGAUGCAGUUCUUGCUGGACGAAGAGGGUUAUUUGUGAUAGAUCUUGAUGAUCCAUUCGCAGCACCUCGAUGGUUACAUCAUGAGACACAGUGGGAGGUUGCAGAUGUUCAGUGGUCUCCGCACAAAUCGAAACCUUCGUGGAUUGUAUCUACCUCGAACCAAAAAGCGAUGGUUUGGAAUAUUGCCAGACCUUCGCAUGAUGCAAUAGAGCAUGUACUCCACGGACAUACCCGGGCAAUAACAGACAUUAAUUUUCAUCCCACGCACCCAGAGCUUCUUGCAACGUGUUCAGUCGAUUCGUUUGUACUUGCGUGGGAUCUUCGAACCCCAAAAGCACCAACUCAUCAGUGGGCAGAUUGGCGUGCGGGUUCUGCACAGGUGAAAUGGAACUACCAGAAUUCGAACAUUGUUGCUUCGGCACACGAUUCGCACAUAAUGAUUUGGGAUGUACGGAAGGGCGCGCUUCCAUUGAAGCGAAUAAACGCUCAUGAUGCACGCAUUAACGGAAUAGACUGGAGUCGAGAGACAGAAGAUGGGCUGAUUAGUUGCUCAAAUGACAUGACUGUGAAGUUUUGGUCGUGUAACACCUCAUGUGAAGUUCCUUACUACACCAUACACACGGAUUUCCCCGUUGCACGUGCGAGACAUGUGCCGUUUGGGGAUCAGGUUUGCGGAAUAAUGCCACUGAGAGGGGGAGACAACUCUGUUUACAUAGUCAAGUAUGGCGGGAAAAGUGGCGUUUCAUCGUUGGAGCCAAGCCAUGUCUUUAAAGGACACACAGAGCCGAUAAAAGACUUUCUAUGGAGGUCUCGACAUCCAAAGGAGAGUCACGUGGACGACCGAGAGUUUCAACUUGUCACAUGGUCUCAAGAUUGCGACUUAAGGCUUUGGCCCAUUCCAAGUUCUCUGUACAAGGACUUUAACUAUACGAAAGGAGCACCACUUUUUCCGGGAAAGGUGCUUGUUGAUUAUGACUACAGAUCUUACCGCCCUGAGCCAAGCACACCUUAUGAAGACAGCAUUAUCAUCAGGCACCGUGGAAACGGUCGCUGGGGAUACUUUGGCGGUGCAAAUGGACAUAGAAGCAACAGUAAGAGCAGCCACAACCGCAAACUGAUAAGCGGUCUUAAGAAUAACUUCGGGUGGAACUCUGGCAGUGGCAGUUCACACUUUUUAGGCACAUCCGAGAACCCUAAUAUACAGCAGAACGCACAGUUUAAUCAUCUCAAUUGGAUAUCCGGCAUAAGAAUUGGCCAAUCUGCAUUUUUACCAACUACAAGCGAGUCAGAAGUGAAUGCACAACCACAAAACCUUGGGGAAGAGGUGAGUGAUGUAGGUCACAAGUUCCCGAAAUUGCGCUUUGAGCGAAUUUCAGUUUCGACGGGAAAUCUGGUGAUAUCGUUGAAUGGCCCAUGGCGAUCAACAACACGAGAUUUGGAUGAUCUCAUCUUUCUUCGUGUGGAGAUUGACUUUCCGCAAGAUUAUCCAUCUGAAGGUGCCACGCCAAAAUUUAGAAUAGAGGAGACACAUGAUUUGGAUGAGGAGUGUCGGCAGGAGCUUCUUCAACACUUGAAAGAGAUCUCAGAGACAUAUUGCAACAGUGGAAAAUUUUGCUUGGAGCCAUGCAUGAGAUAUCUCUUGGGGGAGAAGGUGAACCUUGAUGUCUCUGAGGGUGAGGAGGAGCUACUUAAAUUUGAAGAUGAAAAGGAGAAGAGUGUGAGUGCGGAUCAAACGGGCAAAAUCGGGUCAGAGCAUCAAAGUAUCUCUGAAGAUGGCCCAAGCAGUGAUAUACCGAUUUCUGACGAAUCUUCAGAGGACGAGGAGGACGAGUUUGCCACUUCAGGCAUACUAACGAAACCAUCAUUCGAUUCAACACCAGUUCCUAAAAACUGCGGUGCUAUAUGGACACCCUCGGGACACCUAAUUUGUUUUUUCAACUUGAAAGAAGAAAAGAAAGCACACCUGAUAAAAUUUGGGCAACAGGGAUUCAGUCUAGUGACGGAAGACAAAAAUGCAGAAAAGGACGGCAAUACAGACGAUUCUCAUACAAGAAUGCCAACCACUGGAACAUAUCAUGAUCAAAAGACGUCCAGUGUAUUUUCUGGAAGCUCAUCUGAGGAUGACUCGUCGGACUCAUCGGAUUCAUCAUCAUCAUCCUCACUUGCAAACGACCUUGAUAUUCUGCAAUACGAUCGCCUGUAUAGGAUGAAAAUACCGGACAGGCUUCGAAGCAGAAAGCAUGGAAGCAGCCAUAUAUCCACAGGAUCUUAUACAAAGCAUACUGCAAACGAUACCACGACCAGCUCUUCCGCCAAAAAUGUGAUUGAAAUAUACGAUUUCAGCCGACUUAUGCCUGCAAAGAUGGACUUGGCCUUUGGCUAUAGAGUCGUUGGUGAUACCCCUGAAAAUCUAUGCCUACAUAAUGCAGAGGUGGCAGAGCUUGCGGGAUAUCAGGAAAUUGCAACAUGCUGGAGGCUGUUGUCCAUCCUUCUGACCGAAGGUGGCUCCAACUUGACUACCGAAUCAUCUGAUUCGAAGUUUUUCUGGGGAAUCCAUCCUUUUGGAGGUCUCUGGCUCAUUAGCAAGAUAGUUAGCUACUAUGAAAAGAUUGGUGACAUACAGAUGCUUGCAAUGAUUUCCUGUAUUUUGAAUGAGGAGGAAAAUGAGUCUCGAUUGCUUCCUUCUGGAGAUACAGAGGGUUCGAAUUCACAUUCUGAUUCUGCCAGAAAUGUUAUAACAACCACAGAAACGGUACAGAUCAUACCUGGAGCAUCAUCAUUUCCAAGUAGCUUGGCAGUAGAUGGCAGUGGAAAUUCAACAAGUAAUUUUGACCGGGCAGUGCCAUCGGGCACGUCAACUUCAACUGUUAAAAUUGAAGUCAAAAUGCAGAAUCAACCAUCACUUGAUGCAACCCAUGAUACCAGGUGCUUUAAACUGAAGGAUGCAGUUUAUGAAGAUAAAUUGAUGCUUUACAGAUCCGAAUAUGCAUCGCUGUUAUUUAUGUGGGGGCUUCCAGCUAGUCGAACAAAGAUUUUGAAGUUUAAUUACGGAGGAAGAGAAGAGAAGCAAAGCAAAGUCAAGAUUGGUAGUUCAACAAACGAAUAUCACGAGCACAUGGGUCAAGUGGGAUGGACUGAAGACAAUGAAACCAGUUACAUGCCAUCCAAAGGGCAUGCUCUUAAUGUGAACCAGGAGCGUAGAAUGAGGCUUAUUGAGAAAGAAAAGUGUCAGUAUUGCUUGAUGACAGUGAGUAGAAUGAUAACGAUUUGCUCACAUUGCGGUCACGUGAUGCAUGCAGAAUGUGCAAUGCAGUGGUGGGAGAAAGAGCACAUGACGGAAUGUCCGAGUGGAUGUGGAUGCAAUUGUCUUGAGCAUGGAUUUUGUACUGACUGA